GUCUUGGUUACUCAUCUCACUCUGUCUGUGACUCUUCGACCACUUGUGUCUCUCAGGACUGAAGGUGAACAUGUCAACAAAACGAGGGGUGUCAGRUGUUCCAGGUGGAAGCUGAGAGCACAGAGUACAAGCACAAUGCACGGUCCAGACUAUAUCAGUCAUUGUUGUGAGGCUAAGCAGCUUACGAGAGGACCUUCAGGCAACCAGACCUCCCCUCCUUGGUCCUCCACACCCCCUGGAGGAUAAACUGUUCCUUUUCAGAGCUCAACCUGUCUCCCACCUUUAAUCCCUCUUUGGGUUUAGAGGAACAACUAAAGAGGAGACGGAUCAUGGCCGUUUUAAAAGUGAAGUUCACCAAAACCAAGAGGGACAAGCUGGCCCAGGUGCUCUGGAUUCUCAACUGGAUCUCUGUGGUCACAGGGGCCAUCCUGUUCAGCCUUGGGACCUUCCUCAAGGUGGAGCUCAACAAGCGAGGGGAGCUGAUGUCUGAGCGGGAUGUCCAGUACGUUCCCAACACGCUGAUAGCUGUGGGUCUCAUCGCCUGCGCCAUCAACUUCCUGGGUGGGAAGAUCUGCUACGACUGCGUGGACACCGCCAAGUUCCUGCGCUGGAAGGUGGUCCUGCUGCCCUACACCGCGUGCACCUUCUUCUUCACCUUCUGCGUGCUGGUGGGGGCUCUGAUGUGCUACAGCAUGCACUGGGAGCUGGAGGAGGCUCUGAACCUGGGCCUGACACAGGCCAUGAGGUUUUAUAAGGACACAGACACGCCGGGGCGCUGCUUCCUGAAGCGCACGCUGGACAUCCUGCAGAUCGAGUUCCAGUGUUGUGGAAACAACGGCUACAGAGACUGGUUUCAGAUUCAGUGGAUCAGCAAUCGCUACUUGGAUAUGUCCAAGAAAGAGGUGAUAGACCGACUGAGGAGUAACGUUGAAGGGAAGUACCUGAUGGAUGGAGUUCCCUUCAGCUGCUGUAACCUGAACUCCCCGCGGCCCUGCAUCCAGCAGCAGAUCACCAACAACUCUGCCCACUACAACUACGAGCACCAGACCGAGGAGCUGAACCUGUGGAUGACAGGGUGCCGCCAGGCCCUGCUGGAGUACUACACCCACAUCAUGCAGUCUGUUGGACUCACAGUCCUCAUUACCUGGCUGUUUGAGCUGUCAGUUUUGACAGGGGUCCGUUACCUCCAGACCUCCCUGGAGAAUGUGUUGAGACAGGGGGACCCCAACUCGGACUCUGACGGCUGGCUGCUGGAAACCAGCCUCAUGGAAACGGCCCGCACCAACCUGAGCAUCAUCAAGAACCUUGGCAAGAACAACCAGAUCGACGCAGGCCACAACCGAGACCCCAACGUCGACGUCCCGUCCACGUCCAAGGCGCACUACGGACCAGACAACGUUCCACCAAAACACAAUACAGAAGGAUAAAUAAAAAUACAACCUUUUUUCAAUCAUUUGAAGUAACUAAAAACAUGUUGAAUAACCGAUGAAACAAACUUUCACAAACAGUAAGCUCCUGAUGUUGCAUCUGUUUAAACAUUUAAACUGAGCAUUAAUUGUUCAGAGGACUUUGUUUUUGUUGUUUCAAGAUUUAUAACUUGUUGACACGAUUGAUAGGAUAUCAUAAAAAAGUUAUUUUUUAUUGUACACUUCACAACGUAUGUUCCUUGUACACCACAAAACCGUACUGUAAACUGUUUACUAAUA